CAACCAGCUGAUGCGAAAUGUAUUUGUUUAUAAACAAAAGCUUUUUCCAUAUUGAAAGUGCUUUCGAAGCAAUUUCUGGUAUUAUUGCAGAUGUAAUGGAAGACGUGGGAUGUACCUAAGCUGUGUCUCAACUUAUUGCUACUGAUGGGCUCUUGCAUUACUAAAGAGCGAUGCAAGUAGUUUUUUAUGAGUUACUUCCAGGCCAGUGACAUGUUAAGAAUGACAGUACUUGAAAUAACAGGACAUACAAGCUAUCUAUAAUAGCAGGACGACUAAGAAACGUCAAAAGCAAGGCACAAUGAAACAAUGGAACAUCUCUUGUACACUGGUAUCGCAUUGACAAAGCAACAUUUUAAUCAUUUGGGGGCUCAACUGUAUAAGUUUCUAGAAGAGGUAGCGUUGGCGAGGCCACAGAAUCUGCUGAAACUCGCUUCAAGCGCUGAUAUUCUCAAGGAUGGCUACUUCUCAUGGACUACGUUGCAGCACUCCAGCUGCUAUAAGAAACAAAAUGGUCUUUACGUGACUUUUUAGCCUGCUAGACUAACCUAGCUAUACUAACAGCAUAACAGGCACGUUUUUUUACUUUUACUUGUUUACCAAAAACUAAAUGUUAAGAUCUACAAGUCCAACCUUAAAGCAGUAUGGACGUAUGCAAUGCAGUUAUGGGAUACAGCGAGUACAUUCAACAUUGAAAUCCUCCAAAGAUAUCAAUCGAAGACUUUAAGAAGCAUUGCAGUGUUCCUUAGCAUAUAAGCAACUUCGAAAUCCACAAACACUUAAAUAUACCUUUUGUUAAAGAGGAAAUCUGCAAAGCCAGUCGAAGAUACCUUGAUAGACUUUCUAAUCAUGAAAACUUACUGGCGAUAAGUCUACUGGACAACAGUAUGCAUGUUAGACGCUUAAAAACAACUCACAUAUUGGACCUUCCUGAUAGAUUUUAAGUAGUUUUAAAAAUAUUUUUUUAGCAAAUUAUGUUAAAGAAGAAUAUAUUGAUUAGUCUCAAUGGAACCCAAUCAUUCCUGUCAUGAUGGUUACUAUUUAUAAAAUUUGCUGAUUGUCUUCAGAUAGAAUUCAAUUAAAAUAUACAGUAAAUCAAAAAAAAAUAAGAAUAUUUAUAUACUUCUACAAAAUACACAUAAAAAAUGCGUCAUCGCUUCGCUCUAUGGGCUCUUGAAAAGCUCCAAGAAGAUCCGACGUUUUCGAUCCAAAUUUUGUUCAGCGAUGAGGCACAUUUCUGGCUCAAUGGUUAUGUAAACAAGCAUUUGAGACGAAAAGUAACCUGUAGAGAUUCAAGAGCUGCCUUUUCAUCCAGAAAAAAAAGGUUUGGUGUAGUUUGUGAGCCGUUUUAAUCAUCGAGCCAUAUUUCUUCAAAAAUGAUGCUGGUGAAAAGGUAGCCGUCAAUGGCGACCGUUAUCGCGCCAUGAAACAGACUAUUUGAUGUCUGAAAUUGAAGCUCGUGAUCUCGGCGACAUUUGAUUUCAACAAGACGGCGCCACAUCACAUCAAUUGAUGUAUUUAUUGAGAGAAAACUUCGGUGUACAGAUAAUUUCACGUUUUGCGCCGGUCGUUUGGCCACCAAGAUGGUGUGUUAUCACACCGUUAGAUUUUUUUCUGUGUGGCUAUGUAAAGCCUAAAGUCUAUGCGGAAAAUCGUGCUUCGAUUAAGGCGUUGGAACAGAACAUCACACGUGUCUUGGGGUAAAAAUAUAACAUAAUAAAUAAAUAAUUAGUUCCACAAAUAUACUUUCCUUGCUAUUAAACAACUAGCUAUAUAUAGGUAUUGACGUGUUUACAUACAUACGUACAAAAAUGAUUCAGAUUAUACUAAACUUCGGUUAUUGCUAACGCAAACCGAAUGACGUAGUUUUGUGGUUAUUAACUGAUCGGUAAUUUGAAACAUUUUGAGUGAUUGAUAGCAUGGUAUUGACCAUGUUAAUUAAAAUCAACGGUUUUGUGGCAUUAUUUUUUUUCAAAAUUAUGAAACAAUAAUAAUAUAACUUAAAUUCAGUGAUUUUUUUUGAUUUUCUAGGAAUUAUAAAACAUACAUUUGUUUAUACAUACACAUGUACACAUGUAUGUGCAAAUAUCAUUUUUUUUAUUCGGCGUAGCCAAAAGUAUAGCUUUGAAAAAUUGUAUUUGCUUAAUCCGACGCGAAUAUUUGCCAUAUUUUUCAAUUCUUACGCUAUUGUUUUCAUUUUAGACACAUUGGAACCAGAACACAUAACAUAUUGUUUGUUUAUAUAUACGACUAUAUAUAUUUACACAUACUAUAUGAAUGAACAUCAAAGCAGUACAAUGUUAAGUAUCGCAAACGUCAUGACUUGUGUCAAUCGUGCAUGUCUAAGGCUUAGUGUCAAUAAACAAACAUAUGAUCAACACACACGGCGUAUGAGUAACAUUUGUUCGUUGAACAACAAAAGACCUUUUUAAAAUGUAAACAAACUGUGGCAUAUUGUUUUUGUAACGACUACCGUAAGCAAGCACUAUACACACAUAGUGCACACCCCCACGCCGCAUGCAAAACAUAUUGACACUAAAUUUGCUUAUACUAUGAAUGAAUCGAUGACCACACAAACCACAAAUUGUUGUCGUUGAUUGUCUCCAAUAUUGUCUAAGCAACGCUGCUGUUGCUGCUCGAGCACUUGAUUUUCGUCACGGCAACGUGUAUACAUAUGCAAAAGUAUACAUGCAUACAUAAUUGCCUACAUACAUACAUAUGUACCUGUAUCUGUUGGUUGCUGUAUGUGCGUUUGUGCAUUUAAUAGGUGUUUGCAGCGCGUUAGUGCAUACGUAAAGUGCACAUGAAUAUGCAUGGUCGCUUGUUAGAACGAUGAUAGCGUUCACGAAACCAACUAAAGCAGUUGUAAUGAUGUUGUGCGCGACGCGUGUUGGAUUAUUUUAGUAGCGCGGGAAAUUUCUUUUCUAUGUGCAAUGAGGUUUAAGGUUAAUUUAAAAAACAAAAAGGAAAUUUUUUUUUGGAAAUAUUAUUUAGUGAAUUUUUAUGAUACAAAAAUUGUACAAAAAACUGUUUUUAAAUGCAAAAAAAAUAGUUUAGUAGAGCUUGAAAUUUCUUUGUGUGCAGUGUAGUUUUAAAACAAAAAACACAAAAUGAAAACAAAAUUGAAAAAUUUUUAGUGAAUUUUGAUGGGACAAAAUCAAAAAAAUCAAAAAAAAAAUUUAAAAAACAAAAUUGAAAAAUUAAAAAUGAUUUAGUAAAUUUUUAUGGUACAAAACUGUUUUCAAAUGCAAAAAAAAUAUAUUUUUAAUACAAAUAAAUAAAAUUAACAUUAAAGUGAAAAUGCCACUCAGAUGGAAGCAACGAUUAAGCAAAAUAUGUGCUAGUAAGAGUCGAAGUUGCAGUAAUGAGUUGUUAAUGAUGUGAAAUAUCAGCGCAGCGAGCUAACAUUGCAACUAUUAAAGGUUCAAGAGGCGGACAGAACAUAAUCUUGCAAACAAACAAUCACACAUACAUAUGUAGAGAAAGUGCGCAAAUAUUAUUGUUAUUACCACGGACCGUCUGUAGCGACCUGCCAACGCAACAUAUGCAUCCAUAUCUGCACAACAACACGCCCAUCACGUUGCUCCUCCCACAACCGUCUACAGCGCCCAUUUAAUGCUUUCACAAACUGCCAGCAACCAACAACAUCAACACCACUAACAAAAACCACACACACUUACGCUACAAAUACUUUUUUUAAACAAUAUCAUUAACACGGACGCGUCAGCGGAGUUGCCACUGAUGAACGUGUACAUUUAUUAGAAUUGCUCGGGAUCGAAUAUGGAUCGUAGUAAGAAUAAUAGUUUAGAAUUUGGUAACAAUACAACAGCGUCGGCUGCUGCUGCUGCCGCAAUGUCAGCGCCCUGGGCGAAUAAUAAGGAAUCGUCAGCGCAGCCAAACGAGGAUGAUUCGCCGGAAGAUGACGCUGAUACCGCCACGCCCGCCAAGGUCACCGAUCCGCUAGCGCCCAAACUAGCCAAUAAUGAGCGUGUACUGAUCGUCUCCGUCACCGAACGCAACCGUGAAACGUGGAGUCAAAAGGCGGAGUUCUUAUUGGCCGUUAUUGGUUUUGCCGUCGAUUUGGGUAAUGUUUGGCGUUUUCCCUACAUUUGCUAUCAGAAUGGCGGCGGUGCUUUUCUUAUACCCUACUGUGUGAUGUUAAUAUUCGGUGGCCUACCGCUCUUCUAUAUGGAAUUGGCUUUGGGGCAAUUUCAUCGCUGUGGUUGCUUAAGCAUUUGGAAGCGCAUUUGUCCGGCUUUAAAAGGUGUCGGUUACGCCAUUUGCCUAAUUGAUGUUUAUAUGGGCAUGUACUACAACACGAUAAUCGGCUGGGCGGUUUACUAUCUAUUCGCAUCGUUCACAUCAACCCUACCGUGGACGUCUUGUGGCAAUUCGUGGAACACCAAUAGUUGCAUGCCAGUAACGAACGAAAAUUUCACCGAUAAGGCGACCACACCAGCCAAGGAGUUCUUCGAACGCAUGGUACUCGAGCAGUACAAAUCGGAUGGCUUGGACUAUAUGGGUCCCAUUAAGCCCACAUUGGCUUUAUGCGUCUUUGGCGUAUUUAUUUUGGUGUACUUUUCGCUGUGGAAGGGUGUGCGCAGCGCUGGCAAGGUUGUGUGGGUAACAGCAUUGGCGCCAUAUGUGGUGCUUUUCAUAUUAUUGGUGCGCGGUGUGUCGCUGCCAGGCGCAAUGGAGGGCAUACGGUAUUAUCUGACGCCCGAGUGGCACAAAUUGCAGAACUCUAAGGUUUGGAUCGAUGCCGCCUCGCAGAUAUUCUUUUCGCUUGGUCCCGGUUUCGGCACAUUGCUCGCAUUAUCUAGUUACAAUAAAUUCAAUAACAAUUGCUAUCGAGACGCGUUGAUAACGAGUAGCGUUAAUUGUUUGACGAGCUUUCUGGCGGGUUUCGUGAUAUUUUCAGUAUUAGGCUACAUGGCACAUGUGCAGAAGACCUCAAUUGAUAAGGUGGGUCUGGAAGGUCCUGGUCUUGUGUUCAUUGUCUAUCCGGAGGCCAUAGCCACAAUGAGCGGCUCAGUUUUCUGGUCCAUCAUAUUCUUUCUCAUGCUCAUCACAUUGGGUUUGGAUAGCACAUUUGGCGGUUUGGAGGCUAUGAUAACCGCGCUCUGUGAUGAAUAUCCACGCGCCAUUGGUCGACGCCGCGAAAUCUUUGUGCUGCUACUUUUGGCUUGCAUCUACCUGUGCGCGCUGCCGACUAUGACUUAUGGCGGCGUGUUCUUGGUAAACUUCUUGAACGUGUACGGACCCGGUCUGGCUAUAUUAUUCGUGGUAUUCGUGGAAGCGGCUGGCGUGUUUUGGUUUUACGGCGUCGAUCGUUUCUCUGAAGAUGUGGAACAGAUGUUGGGCAUUAAACCGGGUAUUUUCUGGCGCAUCUGUUGGACUUAUAUAAGUCCGGUAUUUUUACUGGCCAUUUUUAUAUUCUCCAUACUCGGCUAUGAGGAAAUGUUGGGCGAAGAAUACCAGUACCCCGAAUGGAGCAUUAAAGUCGGCUGGGCUGUCACCUGCUCCUCGGUACUCUGCAUACCGAUGUACAUCAUUUACAAGUUCGUAUUUGCGUCCAAAGGUGAUUGUCGUGAGCGCUAUCGAGACGCCUUCAAAGUGCCACCGCAUUGUGGCUCAGUAUUGCCAGGCCAACAAGGCACCACUGUGUGACAUGAUUCCGAAAAAGCAAUGCAGCCAUCAAACAAAUUAGUACUUGAUGGCACUUGGACGAAGCAGUUGAAUGUGCAAACGACUGCUGCCGAGGAGAGUGAAGUAAAUAAAACUUUUAUAGAAACUAUUAAAACCAAUAUGUGUAGCUUCGAACGUUUAGCUGGUGUGGGAGAGAGUUAUUCACCAACAACAAAUACAACUUAUCAAACAACAAAUAAUAUAAUUGAUUUAAAUAGUUAUUAUGCAUAUUACACAAAUAAUCUUAAUUACGGUUAUAUAUGCGAAAUUUCGCCAAAAAGUACCGUUGAGGCAGGUACACAUAGCGCGGAAACGGAAAGCGUACAGCAUAAUGUACCACAUUUGGAGUGGACUUUUCGUCCAAAUAGACAGGAAGCUGUUGAGGAACGAAAUAGCGGCAUUUAUGAGGAAGUAAAUAUAACAGAUUUCUAUGCGACAGACACUGUACACAAUAACCCAAGCCAAGAUACUGAUAUUAAUAGUUUAAGUUAUAAAUAUGCAAGCAAUCGUACAGUGGCAAACACAGCUGUUAAUUGCAAUGACAGUUGCAAAGCCACGGUUAGUAAACGUAGUAAUAAUAGCAGCAAUGUUACUUGUAGUGCUAAUGUUAAUGUUAAUGCUAAUGUUAAUUGUAAUAAUGUUAGUAGUAUGCAAAAUGCGAAAAACAUUUGUAAAUUAAAUGCAACUCACGAAAUUGCUGAGGACAAUAACUAUGCAAUGAUACUCAGCAGUUGUAAGCCGCUUAAAUUUUCAUUUGCCAGCGAAUGGUUGGUUUAGCUAAGUGCAGUAAUCAACUAUGUGCUAUAAAUAUGCUAAGUACUACAAGGAAAAAUCUGUAACUGAAAUGAAAUUAAGUGUGACGCAAUUUGUUGUUAUCGUAAUUAAGAAAUAAUUUCUGGAUGUAUGGUGGGGGUGGCAAAAUUAUCGGCAGGGAAAAUUUAGCAAGACAGCCAUUUGCUAAAUUUUCCA